AUGAGACCCAACACUUUCGUAUCCAUUUUGUUGCUCCUGGCGGCUUGUCUUUGGCAGGGUUCGAAUGCCCAGUUUGGAAUCCCGAAAAAGUCGGAGGCUUCUGUAGAUGCCGGUGGCGAAGUACAACUGUCCAAGGAAGUGCUGGAGAUUGCAACGUCCUUGACGAAGACGGAUCCGUCUCUCCAAGAACAGGAUGCCGUCGAUAUUGCUACUCUGAUUUACUCGGCCAAAAACGACAAGGAUACCAAGCAGAUGCUCCAAAAAAUGAAAGCAGACCAGCCAGAGGCGUUUGCUGGCACUGCGGGGUUGGCUGCGCUAGAAAUUAUCAAGGGCCUGGAGCAAGCUUAUGAAGAACUCAAAAUGUUGGAAUAUUUGUUUCAGGACAAGGAACGAGCGUUACGAGUAAUGGAAGAGGAUGGCUUGAUUCACAAGGACAAGCUGCCCUUGUACAAGAAGAAUCCGGAUUUGUUGGAAGCCGAUACCCGAAAAGGACUGUAUUUCAUGUUUGUGGCUCUGGCAGAAGCAGCAGGGUACCUAUGA